AUAGAGAUAAAGUACUAUAAAAAUAAUAGAAUCCAAUACAGAUUAAAGUAUUAUAUGUGAGUCACCUUGCCCCUGAAACCCGCCCAAGCACAGCUCUCCAUGCCCAUGGAGGUUUGAGUGACCAUGUGUCCUCUCACCGCUUAAAUCGAUAAAUUCAAAAUAAAAAUGCCACAGGCUUUUAAAAAAGGGGGCGAGAAAGAGCUAAAAUAAAAAAGACAAGGCGAUAAAUUACAAAACAACCCCACCCACAGUGGGCCCCCCCGUUCCACGGUGCUUUUCCGCAGCCAUCACGGGACCGCCCCUCGCUCGCCGAAGCCAAGCAACGCCGCCACCACCACCACCACCCCACCAGGCCACCACCAUCAGCUACUGCUGCCGCCUGCCUGCGCCUCGCCUCCCUCCAGGCUCCAGGAAUCCAUCUCCCCCAUUGCUCCCGUCCAGCAGCCACCUGCACUGUGCUGCCUCCUUCGUUCGUCUCCCGGCCUCCAGUGUCCUCGGUUCCCGCGGUAACCCGCUUCUCGCUUUCUUUCUUGGCGAAGGCAACGCAGCAAAGAUCCUGGCUUGGAUCUGCGCUCGCCUGCUUUCUUGCGUUUCUUGGCCUGUUUGAUUCUCGGGCUGCUGCUCGGUUCUUGGUCCUCUGGAUUGGGCCCGCCGGUGGAAUUAUGCUUGUUUGGUUUGCAGCCUAAUGCCUAACUUUUCCUGUUAAGGUUAGUUAUUCAACUCGGUUGGCCUUACGCAACGGGUGCCUUUUUUUUUUGGGUGUGUCAGGUACUAGCGUUGCUUUCGUAGCAACAGUGCGGGGUUGGUGAGGUUCGGGUUGUGCCGUGAUGUGUACAUGUCUUACGCUUCUCUGCAUGCUUUCAUUCGUAGUAAUGGAGUUGUGUGGUACAUGUGUCAGUUGCACUUUGGUACCCACCUAGCUUGUUUCAUUUUUGAAACCGAAUGCUCCCUCUUACUUUUCUCCUGGGUGUUUGCAAGACCGAAUAAACAUGCUGCAUUGCCGACAGCAAAAAAUGUAACAAAAGCAUUCUUUAACAGAUAGGUGCCUAGGUGGAGAUAGGAUAGGCUGUGGACAGUUGGUGUCAUUGUUAGAAAUAGAUCUGAUCCGUCCACUGUCCUUUAGGUAUCGUUACCAUUACCGGCAGGAGGGUUCAAAGUUCAAACGAUGAUAGCGACAAUUGUGCUUCUUAUCUCUUCUAUGCACUCGUUUCAGCAAUGCACCGUGUCAGACUGAAUUGCUGCGCUAGAUUUUGAAACCGCAACUGUAGUUUGGCCCCUGCCUGUGGAGGGCUAUGAAGUUAAGGACAAAACGGCCAGAAUGGAAGUCCCUUAUGCCUCUACAACUGAGCAGAUUGAGCAGGAAAUCUGCCAUGCGUUUCUUUUUGUUCCCAAAAGUUCAGUCGGCUGGUCAAUCGCCAGAUGAUACCCCAGUUUAUCUUAACGUGUAUGAUUUGACACCAAUGAAUGGCUAUAUAUAUUGGGCAGGCCUGGGCAUAUUUCACUCAGGAGUUGAAGUUCAUGGUGUUGAAUAUGCAUUCGGAGCUCACGACUUCCCCACCAGUGGGGUCUUUGAGGUAGAACCUCGCCAAUGCCCUGGUUUCAGGUUCAGAAAAUCGAUAUUUCUUGGUACGACAUGCUUGGACCCGAUCCAAGUUAGGCAGUUCAUGGAGCUGCAGUCGGUAAACUACAACGGAGAUACUUACCAUCUUAUCACGAAGAACUGUAACCACUUCUGCAAGGAUAUGUGCUACAAGUUGACCGGUAACAAAAUUCCCAAAUGGGUGAACCGGCUCGCCAGAAUAGGCGUCAUUUGCAACUGCCUUCUCCCGGAGUCGCUUAAGAUCUCCCCGGUGGGCCACGGUCCAAACAGUCAGUCUGAAGACUCGGAGAAACGGCGGCUGAGGAACCCGUUCAGCUGUUUCUCCUCGAUCUCGAGCCACCGGCAGCUGCCGUCGUCUUCUCCUUUCCCGCCGCCGUCUCCCGUGAAAGAGGGCCUCCCCCGUUGCCGUUGCUCAUCGAGGAAACCCAGCACGGCGUCUCUGAGAUGUAGGUAGCCUGGCGGCUGGCACCCCAUGUGUAGCUUCCGACACCAAGUGGUUUAUUUGUGCUAAUUCUUGCGUCUUGAUUUGCACGUCAAGUGCUGCGCUGUAGCUUUUCUGUCAGGUACCGGUAAAAAUCAGGUGCCUGAUGUUGUACCAUGUAAGAUCUGCAUCAUCUGCCCAUGGUUGGGGGAGGGGGGUCAAUUUUUUUCGCUCGAUUCUACCCGUCCAUGUACUCUAUCUACUCGGUGAUUUGUAAUGUUAAUCUAUUGAUCUUUCGGCCGUUGAAAAAGUGAA